UUCAGAACUAUACAGUACAAACAACUCGCAGGCUAAGGCGAACAACUACUGAUCUCAGUUGAGGAUGGCAGUGGUAAAGAUCCCGGAUGCCGGCGGAGACAGCAUGACUCUCGUAGAAGUGGAUGGUCAUUUCUUCCCAAAGCCUCCCAUACAGGAGAACCCCAUUGACGUCAUCAAAGGCAUCCGCGACCUCCCCAUCAGAGAGGAUGACGUCUUUGUGUGCGCCUAUCCUAAAUGUGGCACGCACUGGGUGUGGGAAAUGGCCCGUCUUCUUCUGUCGGAGGAUACCGCCACUGUUAUCAAUAAGGAGAAAUUCAUGAUAGAGUUUGUAGGAAACGAUGUCUUGGAGAAACUGCCAUCCCCGCGGAUCCUAAACACGCACUGUCUUGUUGAACAGCUGCCACGUGGUGUGUUUGAGAAGAAGUGCAAAAUAAUCUACAUCCUCCGAAACCCCAAGGACAUGGCAGUGUCGUUCUUCCACCACCACAAGAAACUGUCAAAAAUUUAUGAAUAUGAUGGGAAAUGGGAAAACCAUUUAUCUUUACUGAUGGAUGGAAAAGUUGACUACGGGUCGUUUUGUACAUAUUUAAAGGACUGGGCUGCCAUUGGCGAAACCCAUCCCGACGUGCCGACCUUGACCCUGGUGUAUGAAGAUCUGAAAGAGGAUCCACUUGCCGGUAUUAGAAAGUUAGCGAAGUUUCUGAAUGCUGAGAAAUCAGAGGAAUUCUACCUUAAAGUAAAAGAGUUGACGAGUUUCAACACAAUGAAGGAAAAGAAAGGAAGCUUUUUUCAAGCAGAUGACGGUUCGCCUGUUAUGUACAGAAAAGGUGAAGUUGGCGACUGGAAAAAUUACUUCACCGUGGCCCAGAACGAGGCUUUUGACAAACUAUACAAGGAAAACAUGGGUGAUUGUGACAUAAACUUUAGAUACACGCUGAAGUAAGGAAGGAAGACCAAGGUGCCAGAUGGAAAAUGUGUACCCAUGCUGAUAGGAGAACAGGAAACUAAUAACUACAACAGGGUUCGAAUCCCACGUGAGACUAAAAAAAAACACGUUCUAAAAUCUGUACUAUGGUGAGAACGUGUAAUCCCAAUAUAACACAAGUUA